CUGAUAUCUGUUUCCUUUUAUCACAUUUUUUUUUUUUGAGAGUUGAAAUCAAGAGAAUCCACUAAAGCUUUGUAAUGGGAACUUCUUGUUUUCCCCAUUUUACUCAUUCUCCAUUUUCUAAUUCAUCAUCUUCAUUGUGUUCUUCCCAAUUUACACCUUUGCUUUCUUGUUCAAGAAAUGCACAAAGAUGUAAGAAGAAGAGGCCUGUUCUGUUGUGUAUGCAAUCAGAAAAUCAAAAGGAAGGUGAUUUAUGCAGAAGAAGAACGAUUCUUUUUGUGGGGUUCUCAGUUCUUCCACUUCUUAACUUGAGGGCUAAAGCUUUUGAAGAGUGGCCAGUAGAUUCUCAAGGGCAGCCGCAGAAAGAGGAAACAGAGCAAACAAUCCAAGGAAGUGCUGGGAAUCCCUUCCUUUCUCUACUUAAUGGACUUGGAGUUGUUGGUUCAGGCGUGCUUGGUUCUCUUUAUGCCUUGGGUCGAAAUGAGAAGGCAGUUUCAGAUGCAACCAUUGAAUCUAUGAAAAAUAAGCUGAAGGACAAAGAAGAUGCAUUGGUUUCAAUGGAGAAGAAAUUUGAGUCUGAACUGCUGAACGAAAGGGAAAUUCGAAAGAAUCAACUUAAACGAGCAGGUGAAGAGCAGCAAGCUGUUCUUAACGAAUUGAAUUCAGCAAAGGAUGCAUUAUCUAUCCUUGGUAAGGAGCUGCAAAACGAAAAAAGAUCUGCUGAGGAGCUCAAAUUUAAGAUCAAGGGCCUUCAAAAUGACCUCAUGAGGAUGAAGGAGGAUAAGAAGAAAUUGCAGGAAGAGCUUAAAGGGAAGCUUGAUUUGAUACAACUUCUGCAAGAAAAGAUUACUUUGCUUACAACAGAGAUCAAAGAUAAAGAGGCGAGUCUUCAGAGUAGCACCUCUAAAUUAGCUGAGAAAGAGUUGGAGGUAGAUAGAUUGAGCUCUAUGUAUCAGCAAUCCCAGGAUCAGCUGAGGAAUUUGACUUCAGAAAUUAAAGAACUUAAAGAUGAAGUUCAGAAAAGAGAGAGAGAACUGGAGUUGAAGCGUGUAUCAGAAGACAGCCUUAACGUGCAAAUAAAUUCUUUGUUCCUUGAGAGAGAUGAAUCUAGAAAAGAGCUUCAUGCUAUUCAAAAGGAAUACAACGAGUUCAAGUCCAAUACUGAAGAAAAAGUGGCUUCAGAUGCAGAGCUGUUGGGGGAACAAGAAAAGAGACUACACCAGCUUGAGGAACAACUUGGCACUGCCUUAGGUGAAGCGAGCAAAAAUAAAGUGUUAAUUGCUGAUCUGACUCGAGAAAAAGAAAACCUUAGGAGAAUUGUGGAUGCUGAGCUGGACAAUGUAAACAAGUUGAAGCAAGAAAUAGAAGUCACUCGCGAAAGUGUUGAGAAAUCAAGACGUGAAGCUUCUGAUAUAACAGUACAGCUAGAGCAGUCCAGGCAUCUCUGCUCCAAACUUGAAGCGGAGGUUUCUAAACUUCAAAUGGAAUUGGAGGAAACAAGAACAUCAUUACAGAGGAACAUUGAUGAGACGAAACAUGAUGCGGAGCUCUUAGCUGCCGAGCUGACCACUACUAAGGAGCUUCUAAAGAAAACAAAGGAAGAAAUGCACACUACGUCAAAUGAUCUAGCAGCUGUUUCUGAAAAUCGUGAUAGCUUACAGACAGAGCUAGUUGAUGUCUAUAAGAAAGCAGAACGUGCUGCUAAAGAACUGAAAGACGAAAAGAACCUUGUUGACACACUUGACAAAGAGUUAAAGUUUUUGGAGACUCAAAUUACAAAAGAGAAAGAGUUACGGAACAAUCUGGAAGAAGAGUUGGAAAAGGCUACAGAAUCACUUGAUGAUAUGAACAAAAAUGUGGUUGCACUUGCAAAGGAGCUGGAGUUUGCUAAUUCUCAUAUAUCUAGCCUUGAUGACGAGAGAGAAGUGCUCCAAAAGUCUGUUUCUGAGCAGAAGCAAAUUUCACAAGAAGCAAGAGAAAAUCUGGAAGAUGCCCAUAGCCUGGUGAUGAAACUUGGCAAGGAACGCGAGAGUCUUGAGAAGAGAUCAAAGAAAUUGGAAGAUGAAAUGGCAGCAGCAAAAGGUGAGAUUUUGAGACUGCGGAGCCAAAUAAACUCAGCAAAAGCUCCAGUGAACAAUGAGGAAAAAGUUGAAGAUGGGGAACAGGCAAAGGCCACUGUACCAGUGAAGAGAACGAGGAGGAGGAAGACUGCUGUUAAGCCAGAAGGAUCAUAGUAGACUGUUUCGGAAUGGCUUUAUCGUCUUCUUUUUUUUUUUGUCCUCGACUCAUUUGUUUGCGAUAUUAUUAGUGUAUAAUAGAGAUGGUGGAAUUAGGACAUUGCCAUCGCAAGAAACUUCAAAUUGUAGUUCUCAGUGAGUUGUAGAAGUAAUCAUCUUUCUAGUAUACAUUUUUAGCCUGUAUGGCUCAUCUCUA